UACAGCUCCAUUCUUGCGUAUAUAGAACAACGACAUCUUCUAGUUUCAGCGGCUAGAUUUUGAUAUCUCUAUGGAGAAAACAAAACCAUCCCACCUUCAAAUCCAACCGCCAACCUAUGGAAGCCUAGCAACCAUUCUAAGCAUCGACGGUGGUGGCGUUAGGGGGAUUAUUCCGGCCACACUACUUUCUUUCCUUGAAGCCCAACUCCAGGAAGUGGAUGGCGACGAUGCAAGAAUUGCAGAUUAUUUUGAUGUGAUAGCCGGAACAGGCACAGGUGGCCUUACAACUGUGCUAUUGACAGCGCCAGAUGAAAAUAACCGUCCUCUCUAUACUGCUAAAGAUAUAAACCACUUCUACAAACAGCAAUUGCCUAAGAUUUUUCCACAUACAAGGGGAAAAAUUGCUAGAUAUAUCAGAAAUACAGUCAGAUCGGUAACGGGUCCAAAGUACAGCGGCAAGUAUCUUCGAAGGUUCACCAGAGACAUCCUCGGUGAGAAGCGGAUGACUGAUUCCUUGACAAACGUUAUUAUUCCUACGUUCGACAUCAAGCAGCUGCAACCAACUAUUUUUUCCUCUUACGAGGCUUACAGCUCUGCAGGGUUGAAUGCUCGGUUAGCUGACAUCUGCGUUAGCACCUUUGCAACUCCGACUUACUUUCCUCCCCAUUAUUUCACAACCAAGGAUGACGCCGGGAUUGUUCGCGAAUUCAAUCUUAUUGAUGGUGGCGUUGCUGCAAGUAAUCCGUCACAGAUAGCCACAAGCCGACUUGCCAAACACGUUUUUGGCAGAAACCCGGAUUUCCUUCCUAUCAAUCCAAUGGAUUACUGUCAUUUCCUAGUUAUAUCUCUAGGCACAGGUUCUGGGAAGGUGCAGAAGAAAUAUAACUCGAAAAGGGCUGCCAAAUGGGGUGUUUUAGGUUGGUUAUUUAGCGGAGGUUCAAGACCCAUUGUGGAUGCAUUUACUCAAGCCACUGCAAGCAUGGUCGAUUUCCAUCUUUCUUCACAUUUUCAAGCGCUUCAUUCUGAAGAUAAUUACCUCCGAAUUCAAGAUGACGCAUUAACAGGGACAGAACGAUGCCUCGAUGGUGCGGGGGAGAAGAAUAUUGAGAGACUGUCAAAAAUUGGAGAAGACUUGCUGGAAAAACCGGUUGCAAGAGUUAAUCUGGCGACAGGCCUCUCUGAGCCUGUCAAUAAUGGGGGAACAAAUGCAGAAGCUUUGAAUAGGUUUGCAAAAUUACUGUCAGAUGAAAGAAAACUAAGGCAGUCCAAGGCGUUGGUGGGAGCAGCAAUCACCCCCUAGAGAUACACAACCAUUUUUUACCACAUCAACAAGCCAUGAAAGUCUGGAGUUACAGCAUAUUAUUUGAUUGCAUGCCAAAUAAUUGUUUUAUUCGUUGAUUUAUUCUUUUUUUUAUUGUUUAAUGAAGCCCUAGAAGUGGUGGAACAGGCCUUUUCAUCUAAUUCCUUAUAUAAUCUUAUUGGAUUCAAUUC